UCUUUCACGUAACAAUCGAUAAUGAAAAUCUAUUUCCAACAACUGAAAUGUCAGAUGACGCUGAUUAAUUCGAUAGGCACCACCGGAACGAGCGACUCCGAUAUCUCUCGGUUAUUUUAUCACGGGGUAAUAUUUUAUUGGCGAAUGCACUAGACCCACUGCGUGUAAACUUCUCAGAGACAUUUAAAAUAACUUCGGGGGAAAAUUGAGGGCACAAAGGACCAUUUCGUGAUAUUUAUUUCGGAGUAAACAGCAAAAUACAACAGGCCAGCGUCACUUGUUGGUGUAAACUGAAGGGAGACGCUGUGCGCUUAGCCGGCUGAAGCGAUUCGUGACCGUUACCGAAGAGCCAUUCUACUCCCGUGGCCUGGAAAGCGACCGGUGGUCGUGAAAGGGCAGCCCCUGUGGGCUCUUCUCAGGUACAAUAACUCUAAUCCCCCUUCGCCCCCUGGCUUCAACACCCCCCGUGUGCACCGAGCUCAAUCAAAAGCUGAACGCCAUCUACAGUGCGAGAGAAAGUAUACUAUAGGUAUUUUUGUUUUUUGUGAGGUCGAUCAGGUAGAGUUCGUGGAGACGGGUUGAGUGGCUCGUGGGCCGGUUUGUUGUUGACGAUGGCCAGUCGAAUUUUUAAUUGUUUAAAGAGGGAUUUGAUACCCGGGGGAGUGCAGCAAGUGAGGAGGGGACAUUUAAUGAGGGGAAAACCCGUUGGAGUUGCGAGGACACUUGCACAGAGGCUCGCAGAGUUGAAUGUCAAGGACCCAGAGCUGAGUUCCAGAGUUAAUAUUGGGUUUAAGCCCAGGAAGUUUUCGAGGGCUGAGGCGUCAGCUGGUUUUCUUGAGAAUGUGAAGGAGAAUAGGAGGAACCCGGAGAUGGAGCGGAAGGCUCGUCGAAACGAAUUAUCGAUUGACCUAAAAGCAGCAAAAGAGGACUGGUGGCAAACUGAUGCUCCAAGCCACAUAAAAACAAUAGCAGAGCAUUACGGUAUCUUCAACGACCUUUAUGGAGAUGCGUACUUUUACCCCACAAUUCCUUUAGAGAUCAACUACGAGGUGAAUGAGGAAACGAUAGCGACUGUUCACAGAGGGAAUUUAUUAAAGCCGAAUGAGGUGAAAAAUAUUCCCUUUGUCAAAUAUACCGCUGAGCCGAGCUCUCUUUGGACACUCCUCCUCACAACUCCUGAUGGGAAUUUGACGAAUAGAGAGCUGGAGUACUGUCACUGGUUCGCUGGAAAUAUUCCCGGGGAUCAAGUUGAUAAGGGAGACGUUCUGAUUGAUUACAUGAUGCCCAUUCCAGCGCGUGGCUUAGGAUAUUGCAGAUACAUCUAUGUGCUUUAUAAACAAGAGGGAAAGAUUGAUUUCUCAGAGUAUAAAAAGGCACAGCCGUGCUUGGAGCUGGAACAACGCAAUUGGAGGACUCAAGACUUCUACAGGAAGCAUCAGGAUGGUCUCACCCCUGCGGGUUUAGCUUUCUAUCAGGCUGAUUGGGAUGAGAGUGUUCAGGAGUUUUAUCACAAGAGUUUACAAAUGAAGGCUCCAAUCUUCGAAUACGACUUCCCCCCUCCCUACAUUCGCCCUCAAGAGUGGUUUCCCAAAGGCAAACCCUUCAAUUUAUACAUGGAUAAAUAUCGAGAUCCCAAGGACAUCAAUAAGGACUUCCUCCUGAAAAAACUCAAAGAGAUCGACCCCUUCAAAGAAACAAAACCAAAAUACAAAUAUCCCAAUGCUCACCCGAUAAAAAAUCAGCCAUCGUGGUUGGUACUCGAGAAGAGAAAGGAGCGAUUGGGUUGGGGGCGUAUAAAUGAAAUUAAGUAAUUUAUUGAUAAGUACUGAAAAUAAAAAUUAUUAUGGAUAAAGUAUGAA